ACUAUAUCAUCGUGCCAUGAUCACCUGAUCCCCUUCAUGUGCUCCGUUUACUAUCCGGAAUGCACCCAUAACGGCCCCACCCAUCGGGUGUGCUACUCCGACUGUUUGGCAGUCACUGAUGCCUGCAAGGCAUCCUUUGAGCAACUCCUCGACCCUCCUUGGCCCGUCAACUGUUCCAUGUUUACCGAUGAACAGGAGGAAGAUGGGAGCUGUUUUGGCCCUGCGGGAGAUAUUUUCGAUACCAACAUAUGCGGGACACGCCCUGCAUACGCACCAGACCAAUACAGGGUUCUUGGUGGUACCAACGCACGCCAAGGGGAAUUCCCUUGGAUUGGUUCACUCCGCAUCGAAGGAUUGGAUUUUGGAGGACAUUGGUGUGGGUCUACCCUGAUCAACUCUCAAUGGGUUCUUACCGCCGCUCACUGUGUUGAUUACUACGUCGAUCGUGUGGUUUUUGGGAACGCACACUUGACGGAUAACUCCGACAACGAGGUAGCGGUUGAGGUGGCUGAUAUUUUCGUCCAUCCCGAGUACGACUCUUAUUGGCUCUUCAACGACAUCGCUCUGAUACGACUUGCUGAACCGGUGACAUUCAGUGACUACGUUAGACCCGCGUGUCUGUCGGAAUCCUCGGAUGAACUCAAGGACUAUCAUCGCUGCCUCGUCGCUGGAUGGGGAAUUACACUGGAUGGCCCACCGUUGACAGAGAGCUUGAAAAAAGCAGUAUUGACACUUCUUGACCAAGACUGGUGCAAUUCUGAACUUUCCUACAACGGGACUCUGACAGAAGAAAUGAUAUGUGCUGAACAUCAGCCAGGUGGAAUUGAUACUUGUAAGGGAGACAGCGGCAGGCCUUUGACCUGUGAGGGUGAUGAUGGUCGAUGGCAUCUGGUCGGAUUUGGAGGAGUAUGCAAAGGAGUAGACUUGCCCGGCGUCUACACCCGAAUCUCACAGUUCCAGUCAUUUAUUACAGCUGUGGUUUCAGGAGCAAUAACACCGGGUGUUAUUGAAAUCACCCUUGAGCGUGCCGUCCCAGUGAACAUCACUUCUCCAAACUACCCUUCCAACUACGACAUCGGCGAUAACAUCGUCUGGCAGGUAUCGGCCCCUGUUAACCACAGCGUCAGGCUGGACAUCGUCGACUUCGCUACCGAAUUUAACUACGACAGCUUGUUUGUGGGCGAUGGACUGACGCCACUGAGUUACACAGAGCUUGCGAGGCUCACGGGCUAUGGGUUAAAAACAACUGUGAAGUCACAUGAUCGCCAUAUGUGGCUCAAAUUCAAGAGUGACUCCGGACUGACUGACGUUGGAUUCAUGGCAACACUGAACGCUGUGGAUCCGAGAGAUGAUAAUCCUCUAAUCUUGGUGAACGAGUCUACGGUCCAACAGCUCCGCUCACCAGACUUUCCUCUUGGUGCAAAGGACAGCGUGCACGAGAUUUGGCGGAUAAUGGCUCCUCAGGAUCACAGCGUGAGGGCGCGUUUCGACUUCUUUAACCUCACCAACGGUUCUUUGCUUGCCGUGGGCUACGGCUCGAGUCCUUUAAUGCCCACAAUCCUAGUGGAGUUGACUGGAAGUGAAUUGCCUGAAGAUAUUACCUCCCCCACUCGAGGAUUGUGGUUUAGAUUUAUGUCGGAUACUGGGGACUCCAGUAGAGCGGUCGGUUCGCUUAUGGGAAGUGGAUUCUUGGUGAAUCUAACAGCAGAAAGGACUGAAGAUAUCAACGAGUGCCUGAGUAACCCUUGUCAGAAUGGAGGCACGUGUUCAGACAUCGAUGGAGGUUUCCAGUGCUUCUGUCCUGAAGGCUUCAAAGGUGAUUACUGUCAAACAGAUCUUCUAUGGAUGUUAGAUCGGCUCCUGUGA